UAUUUUUAGAUUAACAUUUAUGACUUGACCUUCUCUCCCCUCACAGAGCCAGAUGUAAUCAGGAAUUUUACAGUGUCUAAAAUCACAACAUCAUCCAUGUUUCUGACAUGGGCUGAACCAUUUGGAAAUAGAUCUUUCUUUAAACUUAACUGGACUGACGAGAAUUUGGACUUGAACAGAAAUGCAAUAGAAACUAAUAACACUUCCUAUCACAUCACUGGUCUGACUGCUGGAGUCAGUUACACAUUCUGCAUCACUGCUGUGGCAGCAGAUCAAUCAACAGAAGGAGAAACUGUCUGCAUCUCAAACUAUACCAAGCCAAAUGUGAUCAAGAAUCUUGUGUCUAAAAUCACAACAUCAUCUGUGUUUCUGACAUGGGAUGAACCAGUUGGAAAUAGAUCUUUCUUUAAACUUCAAUGGGCGGAUGAUAAAACAGAUGCAACUACUAAUACUUCCUAUCACAUCAGUGGUCUGACUGCUGGAGUCAAUUACACAUUCUGCAUCACUGCUGUGGCAGCAGAUCAAUCAACAGAAGGAGAAACUGUCUGCAUUUCACAAUUUACCAAACCAGAUGUGAUCAGGAAUCUCAGAGUGAACAAUAUCACAACAUCAUCUGUGUUUCUGAGUUGGGAUGAACCAGUUGGAAAUAGAUCUUUCUUUAUAGUUCAAUGGGCUGAUGAUAAAACAGAUGCAACUACUAAUACUUCCUAUCACAUCACUGGUCUGACUGCUGGAGUCAAUUACACAUUCUGCAUCACUGCUGUGACAGCAGAUCAAUCAACAGAAGGAGAAACUGUCUGUAUCUCACAAUUCACUAAGCCAGAUGUGAUCAGGAAUCUCAGAGUGACCAAUUUCACAACAUCAUCUGUGUUUCUGACAUGGGAUAAACCAGUUGGAAAUAGAUCUUUCUUUAAAGUUCACCGGACUGAUGAUAAAACAAAUAAAACUACUACUAACACUUCCUAUCACAUCAGUGGUCUGACUGCUGGAGUCAAUUACACAUUCUGCAUCACUGCUGUGGCAGCAGAUCAAUCAACAGAAGGAGAAACUGUCUGCAUCUCACAAUUCACAAAACCAGAUGUGAUCAGGAAUCUCAGCGUGAACAAUAUCACAACAUCAUCUGUGUUUCUGACAUGGGAUAAACCAGUUGGAAAUAGAUCUUUCUUUAAACUUCACCGAACUGAUGAUAAAACAAAUAAAACUACUACUAACACUUCCUAUCACAUCACUGGUCUGACUGCUGGAGUCAGUUACACAUUCUGCAUCACUGCUGUGGCAGCAGAUCAAUCAACAGAAGGAGAAACUGUCUGCAUCUCAAACUAUACCAAACCAGAUGUGAUCAGGAACCUCAGAGUGAACAAUAUCACAACAUCAUCUGUGUUUCUGAGAUGGGAUGAACCAGUUGGAAAUAGAUCUUUCUUUAAACUUCACCGAACUGAUGAUAAAACAAAUAAAACUACUACUCACACUUCCUAUCACAUCACUGGUCUGACUGCUGGAGUCAGUUACACAUUCUGCAUCACUGCUGUGGCAGCAGAUCAAUCAACAGAAGGAGAAACUGUCUGCAUCUCAAACUAUACCAAACCAGAUGUGAUCAGGAACCUCAGCGUGAACAAUAUCACAACAUCAUCUGUGUUUCUGAGAUGGGAGGAACCAUUCGGAUAUAGAUCUUUCUUUAAACUUCACCGGACUGAUGAUAAAACAAAUAAAACUACUACUAACACUUCCUAUCACAUCAGUGGUCUGACUGCUGGAGUCAGUUACACAUUCUGCAUCACUGCUGUGGCAGCAGAUCAAUCAACAGAAGGAGAAACUGUCUGCAUCUCACAAUUCACAAAGCCAAAUAUGAUCAUAAAUCUAACAGUGUCUGAAAUCACACCAUCAUCUGUGUUUCUGACAUGGGAAGAACCAGUUGGAAAUAGAUCUUUCUUUAAAAUUCAGUGGACGGGUGAUAAAACAAACGGAAGUUCAACAACUAGUAACACUUCUUAUCACAUCACUGAUCUGACUGCUGGAGUCAGUUACACAUUUAUCAUCACAGCUGUUGCAGCAGAUCAGUCAACAGAAGGAGAAUCAGUGGUUACCUCAAAAUAUACUAAGCCUGACGUUAUAAUGAACCUCACAGCUGAUGAUAUUACAACAUCCUCUGUCUUCUUAAACUGGACUAAACCGAAUGGUCAAAGCUCCCGUUAUCGUGUAGAAUAUGAAGAUAAGAAUGUGAUCACUGAAAACACCUCCAUCAAUAUAAAUGAUCUGAUUCCUGGAGCACAGUACACAUUCAGAGUGUUUGCAGUUGCAGCUGAUCAUUUGACCGAGGGAAGAGCCAAUCAGAUUUCACUGUAUACCAAGCCAGGUGUGAUCAGGAUUCUCAAAAUUACCGAAAUCACAACAUCAUCUGUGUUUCUAAAAUGGAAUGAAACAGUUGGAAGUAGAUCUUUCUUUAACCUUAAUUGGAGUGAUGGUAAAACAUCCAACCAUACAAUAACCAAUAACACAUGGUAUAACAUCACUGGUCUGACUGCUGGAGUCAAUUACACAUUUAUCAUCACAGCUGUGGCAGCCGACAAUUCAACAGAAGGAGAAACUGUCUGCAUCUCAAACUAUACCAAGCCAGAUGUGAUCAAGAAACUCAGAGUGACUGAUGUCACAAAAUCUUCAGUGUCUCUGACAUGGAAUGAACCAGCUGGAAAUAGAGAUUUUUUUAGAAUUCAAUGGAGUGAGAAAAGGAAGUAUGUAACAACUACUAACACUUCCUAUCACAUCACUGGUCUGACUGCUGGAGUCAGUUACACAUUUAUCAUCACAGCUGUGGCAGCCGACAAUUCAACAGAAGGAGAAACUGUCUGCAUCUCAAACUAUACCAAGCCAGAUGUGAUCAAGAAACUCAGAGUGACUGAUGUCACACAAUCUUCAGUGUAUCUGACAUGGAAUGAACCAGCUGGAAAUAGAGAUUUUUUUAGAAUUCAAUGGAGUGAGAAAAGGAAGUAUGUAACAACUACUAACACUUCCUAUCACAUCAGUGGUCUGACUGCUGGAGUCAGUUACACAUUCUGCAUCACUGCUGUGGCAGCAGAUCAAUCAACAGAAGGAAACACUGUCUGCAUUUCACAAUUUACCGAUUCCCCUGAGUCUCAUACUCCACUGAUUGUUGGCGUAGUGUUGGCAGUGAUCUGUUUUCUCUUCAUCAUCACUCUCAUUCUCUUCUUCUAUUCAAGAAGACAAACCAAAAAACAAUGUCCCGACAUCCCUGUACACACCAUUAGCAAUAAAAUUAAUGUUGCUUUGAGAAUAGAGGAUUAUGAAGAGUACUUUAAGCAGAAACAUGCAGAUUCCAACUGUGGUUUUGCUGAAGAGUAUGAGGAGUUGAAAACAGUUGGAACGGCACAGUCCAAAAACACUGCCCUGGCUAUUGAAAACAAGCCGAAGAACCGUUACAGCAAUGUGCUACCUUAUGAUGCUUCAAGAGUGAAGUUAUCAAUGUGUGGCAGUCCCUUUGAUGACUAUAUCAAUGCCAACUACAUCCCAGGCUAUAAUUCAAGAAAAGAGUUUAUAGCAGCUCAGGGUCCACUGCCCGUCACAGUUAAUGAAUUCUGGAGAAUGGUCUGGGAGAAGAAUGUCUUCACCAUAGUGAUGCUGACCAAAUGCAACGAGAUGGGACGAGUGAAAUGUGAGAAGUACUGGCCAUCAGGGACUAAUCAUUAUCAAAACAUCUCUGUGACAACCACCUCAGAGAUAGAACUGGAGAGUUGGAUCAUAAGAGACUUCAGAAUCAAAAAUGUGAAAACAGCAGAAACUCGCUACGUACGUCAGUUCCACUUCACGGCGUGGCCGGAUCAUGGAGUUCCACAGACCACUGAAGUCCUCAUUGACUUCAGACACCUGGUCAGAGAACACAUGGACCAGUACUCGCGCCACUCUCCAACUGUGGUGCAUUGCAGUGCCGGUGUGGGAAGAACAGGGACCUUCACUGCCAUUGACCACCUGAUCUUCCAGAUUGAAAGAGACAGCAUGGUGGACAUCUACGGAAUUGUUAAUGAUAUGCGCAUGCACAGGCCUCUCAUGGUGCAGACUGAGGAGCAGUAUGUUUACCUCCACCAGUGUGCGUAUGACAUAAUUCGAUCAAGAACUGGAACCAACGUGGACUUAAUUUACCAGAACGCAGCAGCUUUCAAUAUCUAUCAGAAUGUAAAUUAUCAAAAAUCGUAAAUGUCCAUGGCCUCAAGAUGGCCAUUG